AUGACAUGGCUCUUGCCAAUUGCUUGGGUUCUGCCAAUGCUUGACCCGUGCUGUAAAUCUCAAUACUAUGGAGGUCGGAUGGAACUAGUGGAAAUGCAGAAACAUGAAGCAGAUGUUACAUAUGACUCGAUCGAUAUGAUUUUCGAGACAAUUUUUUAUGUUCCUGUACUCUGCUUCAUGAAUGGAUUUUCGUUAAUCCUGCUUUAUUACCAGUGGUUGAAAUUGGUCAGAAAGAAGAAAGCUGGCAACAAAUCGAAUAGUACUGGCCCUCUACCAAAUAUAUCAGUUGUCAGCUCCCUGUGUGUUGAUAGAGAAAUGUCAAUAUAUUUACCGCAUUUAGAAGGUUUUGAAUCCGAUGAAAGACAAGAAAGGCUAAUAGAACGUCUGGACUUGGAACUCUCGUUCUGUAUGAUCAGUAUCAUAGAUCAACAAAUUGAUUUUUGUGCUGUGCUCUUCUACUCUCUGUACUGGGCCAGUUAUUCAGGUUACGUAGGAGUAGGUGCUACACUUUUCUUCGAAGUUUAUAAUUAUUUCUUUGAAAUCGGAACGAUACUCUCUCCAUACGUCUUGUUAGCUUUUUGUGCUAACUUAAGAAAAGAGUUCAAAGAGAAAAUAAAGUGUUAUCCAUGA